AUGACGAUACUGCAAAUACUCGGACUGAAAGAAGCCGAACGGCAUCGAGUUGCUGACGAAAAACUGUUGGCAUCACUCGGCUACAAGCAGGAGUUCAAAAGGGCUUUUACGCCUUUAGAGACAUUUGGCAUCGCGCUGAGUAUCAUUGGCGGUUUAUCAAGUCUCUCAUCAGUGUUGAUAUAUGCUGUACCCUACGGUGGACCAGUGUCCAUGGUAUGGUCUUGGGCGAUCUGCAGUUUCUUCAUCAUGGCGAUCGCUCUUGCGUUGGCGGAGCUUGGAAGCGGAGCGCCUACAUCUGGUGGAUUGUACUUCUGGACUUACUCCUUCUCCUCUCCGAGAUGGCGCACAGUUUUGUGCUGGAUCGUCGGAUACACCAACUCGAUCGCCAACAUCGCCGGUGUCGCAUCAGCGGAUUGGGGUUGCGCAGUGAUGAUUAUGGCUGGAGCGUCCAUCGGUUCAGGAGGGACCUUUACAACUACUCUUGGUCAGACCUUUGCUGUCGUGGUGCUUAUUAUCCUUUCGCAGGCAGUAUUGGCAUGUCUCGCAACAGCUGUACUUGCUCGCUUACAGAGCGUCUACGUCUUGGUGAACUUGGCCUUGUCAAUCGCUGUCAUCAUCGCGCUCCCCGCAGCGACCCCUAGUGAACUACGCAACCCCGCCUCGUACGUCUUCGGCAACUUCACAAACCUAAGCAGCUGGUCCAACCCGGGCUUCGCCUAUAUGCUAGGCUGGCUUGCCCCUUCCUGGUCUGUAAGCGGCUUUGACGGGUGCGUACACAUCAGCGAGGAGGCAUCGAAUGCCGCGAUCGCUGUGCCGUGGGGGAUGGUCAGUGCUGUCUUCGCCUGCUGCACGCUGGGAUGGGCGAUCAAUGUCGCUAUGGCUUUCUGCAUGGGUACUGAUCUGGAGAGCAUCGUCAACAGCCCGAUCGGGCAGCCUAUGGCCACUAUCUUCAACAACAGCUUUGGGCAACGCAGCACCCUCGCAGUAUGGUCCUUCGUCAUCAUAGGCCAGUACAUGAUCGGCAGUAGCCAAAUAAUGUCUUCCUCCCGGCAGAUAUUCGCUUUCGCGCGGGACGGCGCGCUGCCUCUCUCCCCCUAUCUGGCGCGGAUGAACAGCCGCACCCAUGUGCCCGUGAACGCGGUACUGCUCUGUGCCGUGGGAGGGAUCGCCCUUUGUGCACUGGCAUUCGCAGGUGCGGCAGCAAUAGGUGCCAUAUUUGCUCUCGCUGUUGUCGCGUACUACAUCACCUGGUCCGUCCCGAUUGUAUGCAGGUUCGCUUUCAAGAACGAUUUCCAACCCGGCCCGUUCACGCUUGGCCGGUUUGGACUACCGGUAGCGGUAGUUGCUGUGGCUUAUAUGACGUUUAUGGAAAUAAUAUUCUUAUUCCCCGGGGGGUCUGGGCCAGACCCUACUGAUAUGAACUACUGCGUCGUCGUUCUUGGCGGCAUCCUGUUCCUGUCGUUGGCAUACUACUACUUUCCUAAGUACGGCGGGUAUAGCUGGUUCAAAGGCCCAGUGCCGAACGUCGACCCUGAGCCUGCUAGGGACCAAGAGCGAAGUGAGACUCUUUCGACGUCUUCUGAGGGGAAGAAGGACGCUGGAGGGGAAGUUGCAGUUCAGGCUGUUGGUGGAGUUGAAUAG